AUGCUGAAUUUAAUUCUGUUGAUACAAGUGUUGUAUCUCUCUGUGUUAUCUAACACAGUUAACUACGAAGUGACUGAUCUAUCGAAUAGUGACUAUUACAUGGAAGAUGAGACUGAGGGUACUCUUGAUUUUGACACAGACGAUUUCGACAAUAAGUUUGAGUUUUCUCUUGAAGAAGAAGACGAUGUUUAUCAUAAAGCGAUUGUGAAAGGAGCAUUCAGUAUCCAUUCUGGACACCCCACAAAAACCGCUAAACCAGCACCUAAGUCGGUCACUAAAACAACUGCAAAACAUCCAACAACGACAAAGCCCGCAAUUUCCAAACCACAAACCACCACAUCACCCAGGAAAUAUACAACCACCGGUUCACGGGCUAAUUUGAACAUGUACGACUCCAACCUUACACAAGAUCCAAAGAUCCAACAAAAUGUGAAGGAUACUCGAAGAAGAGUAAUAGAAUAUGGUUUAACCCCAGAUGAAGGCUUUAAAAAGAUGACACCAGAAGAGAAGCAAAAUGCAGACAACGCUAAGGCGAAGUUAAACGAGUUGGAAGAGGACUUUGCAAAACAAGUAGUAGUCAAAGCAAAACACAAAAAGCUCCAAGACGUGACCUUGGCACUCGCUUCAAAAUUCUUUGAACAAUAUUACUGCAAAAUCCAGCCAACAGUAAACGCUGCUCUAUCCAAAUUUACAGGUAAACGGCUUGCAAGAGAAAGAACAGAAACAAAAAUACAGUUCUGGCAGAACUCAUUCAAUAAGUGUCAGUGCUGUCGAAAAUGUCUUGAAGUGCAACCACCAGUGUUUCAUUGUGCCAAUGUACCAAAACUUGACAACUUCAAAAAACAGCCAAGUCAACCAAGAGUCGAUCCAAAGCCUCAACUUAAACAAGACCCCAAAGUUGUAAAGAAGGAGACUGAAAAGAAGAUUACCACUGUUAUUAACAAUGAGAAAACCAAAAUAGCGAAACUGAAUGACGAAGAAAUAAGAAAGAGAGAGGCGCAAAUACUUAAAAACAAUGAAAUAAUACGACAGAAGAAUAUUGAAAUGGAAAAGCACAUCAAAGAAGUUGAAAAGCAAAAACUCGAGCAACUUGCAAAAGAAAAAGCAGCCAUUGAAGCAGAGGAGAAAAGAAAGAAGGCGGAAAUAGAGAGAAAUGCACAACUAAAAAAACAAAAAGAGGAAGAUGAAAGAAAACGUGCUGCAAUUCAACAGCAAGAGCUUCAAGAUAAGAAGAGGAUCGAAGAGGAAAAGAAACGUAAACUCAUUGAAAUAGAAAAAGAAAACCAAAAAAUUAUUAAGGAGAAACAAGAGAAGGAAGCUGCUAUCAAAAAGAAACAAGACGAAGAGAAAGCAAAACGUAUUGAAGCUGAAAAACUAGCUGCAGAACAGAAGGCACUAGAGGAGAAAGCAAAGAACGAACAAAACGAGAAGAAGAAGAAAGAGUUGGAAGACAAACAGAAAGAGAUUGAAAGGCAAAAGUUGUUGAAAGCCAAAGAAGAAGAAGAACUUAACAAAAUUGAGUUAGCGAAGAAGCAGAAAGAGUUGGAAGAACAACAAAGACUUUUUAAGGAAAAGGAUAUUGCUCUUAAAAAGAAACAAGAAGAAGAAGCAAAAAAAGCUGAGGAGUUGAAAAAACAACAACAACAAAUUAAGGAGAAACAAGAGAAAGAAUCAGCUUCAAAGAAAAAACAAGAAAAUGAAAAAACGACGGUUGUGAUAUCAAAUCCAGAGGGAAAGCCACUUGUGACAAAAAAACAGAAGGACGAACCAAUUGGUCGAGACUCUUAUCUGAAAGUAAUUAAAAACAAUAAAAAACCAUUUGGUCCAAAGAUUGACAGUGGACAAGUCCCACAACCAAAGGGCGAUACAGGACCCGAACCAGAUAUGGGAGACUCUGAGAAGAAACAAACAACGAACACUGUUCCUAAAAGGAGAGGAGGGUUAAGACGUUCAAGAACAGUUAAUGUUAAUAAGUACGAUCAGUUUUUAAAGCAAAACACCAAAAUACAGAAAAAUGUGAGAGACGCAAGACAACGUGUUAUUGAUCAUGGUCUUGGCAAAAACGAAGGAUUCAAAAAGUUGACAAAAGAAGAGGAAGAAGCAAUUAAAGCAGCCAAACUUAAACUCACACAAUUAGAAAUCGAGUUCUCUGAAAAAAUGAAAGCGGAAGCAAAAAGAAGAAAGACAAGUGGAGUCACUUUGACGAUAGCUAGUAAUCUCUUUAAAAAGUUCUGGUGUAAAGUACUCCCCGUUGCACGAGUCGCAUUAUCUGGAUUCACAGGUGUUAGAUUCACCAGAGAAAUAAACAACGCCAAAGUCUUGUUCUGGGAAAAUUCACUUAACAAAUGUCAGUGUUGCAGAAGGUGUCUUGAAGUGCCACCACCAAAGUGUAACUGUGGUCCUGUAAAACAGCCAGUUACACCCAAAAAGGAUGAACCCAAGAAAGACGAACCUAAAAAAGAAGAUCCCCCCAAAGAAGACCCAAAGAAAGAAGAACCCAAUAAGGGAGGUAUUAAUGGAUUAAAUGGUACAAAUGGUAAAGAUGGUAUAAAUGGAGUGAAUGGUACGAAUGGUAUUAAUGGAAAGGAUGGUGUUAACGGGAAAGAUGGAAUGAACGGAAUGAAUGGUACAAACGGAAAGGACGGUAUAAAUGGGAAGGAUGGUGCAAAUGGGAAAGACGGAUUAAAUGGUAAAGAUGGUGUUAAUGGGAAGGAUGGAAAAGACGGAGUGAAUGGACGUGAUGGUAGAGAUGGACAAACUACGGUUGUCACAAAAGUUGUCCACGAUAACAACCAAGAGAACAGUGAGAUGUUCAAAAUGAUGUUAAUGCAACAACAACAACAAAACCAACAAAUGAAUAACAAUAUGAUGAUGUUGAUGAAUAAAAAUGCUCAAGCAGCACCGGCUCCACAAAUUAUUAUGCAACAACCAACAACAACAGCCCCAUCAACGGCACCUGUAAUAAAUAUGCCCCCUAUCACUAUUUCUAAUAACAACGACAACAAGAAAACUUCCAACAAAAACAAGAAUAAAACUGUUGAACAAAAGACAGAUAAUAUCAUCAACAAACUCGAAAAGGAAGAAAAAGGCGUCAAACCAGGGAUAGAGGAAGACAAAGACAAGGCGGCUAAAAAGUUGGCGAAAAAAAUGGCGAAAAAGUUAAAGAAAAAGUUGAAACGACAAGCUCAGGAACAACAACAACAACAACAACAAAAUUUGAUUAAUCAAAUGAAGUUCCAGAAUCCAACUCCUUUGCCAUUCCCAACACCAGCACCAAUAACUGCUCCAGAAAAGGUUGUCGAAGUUCAGAAAACAAUUGAAAAGUUGCCAGAGUCCUACAUCAAGAAGUUGGAUGACCUUGAGAAAAAGUUGAAAGAAAUGGAAAAUAAACAAGUCACCACUUUAACUGAAUUACAAAAGGAAAAGGAGAAAAAUAACAACCAAAUCAUAAAAGAAGAAGAAGAAAAAGAAACUCAGAAAAAGACAACUAAAACAGUUAAAAAACAUUGCAAAAAGUCACACGUCUUAAGCGUUGAACCUUGCCACCAUUCUAAAAUGGAAAGAAACAAUAAAGAUAUACUGAAGAUCAGAAAGCUCUUGCAUUCAAUUUAA